AUCUCGCGGUCACCUCAAGCCGAGCUCCUGUUCCAGAAACGUCAAAACCAGUACGAUAUGUAUCUUAACCUAACUUAUUACCCUCAAUCCCCAGUAUAUCGUUCGUCCUCGUCAAAGUGCCACGUUAACAAGUCAUCUCCAGGCGGAUCCGGCGAGAGAUCGCGUUACGUAAUGCGAGAACGAUAAGAUCAUUUCUGGCGGGGGUCGAAAUAGUGCAUAAUAUAUAACGACGACAUCCAAGUUCAUCCUAGGAUGUACGUGGGUUACGCACAAGUCUGUGCGUUCGCUCGCAUUUAGUUCCUCGAGCAGCGAAGCGACUCGCAGACACGUCGUCGAAAGAGCAUCGGAGCUGUCAUCUGUCAAAAUCGCGUUUUUCUGUCAUCGCUUUCACAAGAUCCCACGUCAUUCCAGCGUAUCGGAAACAUGAACGAAUCGUCGACGGCAACAUAUUUAGGUCUAGACCUGAGCACGCAGCAGCUAAAAGCAGUAGUAGUUGAUGAUAAUCUAGCUGUCCUUCACGAGACGAAUGUACAAUUCGAUAAUGAUCUACCAGAAUUUAGGACUUACGGAGGAGUUAUACAGAAAAAAGAGGAACCGCAUGUCGUGGUGGUGCCUUCUUUAAUGUGGGUUAAGGCCUUAGACAUGAUACUUGACAAACUACGUGUCUGCGGUGUCGAUUUCAGUAAGGUCGUAGCCAUCUCUGGAUGUGCGCAGCAACACGGCACAAUUUAUUGGGGCAAAGGCAGCCAAAGUCGAUUACAGCAUUUAAACCCCACCAAAUUUUUAUACGAACAAUUCGCUACGUCGUUCUCCGUGACUCAUUCACCCGUAUGGAUGGAUUCCAGCACGUCGAAAGAAUGUAGCGUUUUGGAAGAGAUCGUGGGUGGUCCUCACAAAUUAGCGGAAAUAACGGGUUCGCGGGCGUACGAGAGAUUCUCGGGACCUCAGAUAGCGAAAAUAGCACGCACGAAGCCGGAAGCCUACUGCAACACUGAGAGAAUCUCGUUAGUGAGCAACUUUCUCGCCUCCUUAUUCCUGGGCGAUUACGCACCUAUCGAUUGGUCGGAUGGUUCGGGUAUGAAUCUAUUAAAUAUCCGUACGAAAGAUUGGGAUGAUAUGUUACUGGAGACUUGCGCAUCGGGACUAAGGGAAAAAUUGGGUAAACCUGUAUCAUCAUACAGUGAUAUCGGUCCUAUAUCACCUUAUUUUGUUGAAAGAUUUGAUUUUAAAGAGGAAUGUAGAAUAAUUGCAUUUACCGGGGACAAUCCAGGUUCCGUGGUAGGUCUUAGAUUAAAAGAGGGUGAUAUCGCUUGCAGCUUGGGUACAAGCGAUACUUUAUUAUUUUGGUUGAACGAACCAAAAAUCACAACUGAUGGCCAUAUAUUAUGUAAUCCAAUAGACGAUCAGGCUUAUAUGGCAAUGCUUAGCUUUAAGAAUGCUUCUUUGACACGUGAAAGGAUACGGAAUGAGACUGCACAAGAUAGCUGGCAGAUAUUUAACGAAUUAUUAGAAAGCACGCCUCGAGGAAAUUUCGGCAAUUUUGCAUUAUAUUUCGAUAUACAAGAAAUCAAUCCUUUUGUCAUUGGUGACUAUAGAUAUAAUAAAGCCAAUGAUGAGAUCUCUCGAUAUAGUUCAAAAGAAGUAGAAGUGAGAGCACUGAUUGAAGGACAAUUUGUAGCAAAAAGAGCAUACGCUGAAGACUUUGGAUUUGUCAUCGGGCCUAACACACGAAUUAUCGCGACGGGAGGUGCAUCUGUAAAUAAAGCUAUAUUGCAAGUGAUUUCUGAUGUAUUUAAUUCGCCAGUAUAUGUCUCGGAAGCAGCUAAUUCGGCUAUGAUGGGUGCGGCAUAUCAAGCCAAGCAUGGUUUAUUACGGAAUAACUGCAGUUUUGAUAUAAUUACACAUUGUUUGCCAGAAUUCAUACCUGUAUGCGAACCUUACGAUGAUGCCGAAUCCAUCUACAAACCUAUGACAAUACGUUAUCGCAAGAUUAGAGAUCAGAUAUUGAAGAAGAGAAACGAACAAAAGAAACACAUAUGAAUUUUGUAUAUAAUAGAAUGUUUUCUGAAGGAAGAGGCCUUUUAUAUCUUUACAAUGCUAGUAAAUACAAAACGACAGAUUUAUUAUGCUUUUCGAUAGAAGCGUGAACUUUUCUAUACAUAUUUUGAAAUUAAUUGGAAGGAAAUAUUUAUAUAUUUCAAUUUACAUUAUAUUAUAAUAUAAGUUCACAAAAGAGAGGAAAGCAUUUUACAUAUGAGAAUCUCUCAUACAAUAUUUUGUAUGAAUGUAUAGAACACUUUUUUAACAUAAACUUUUUAUCUGAUAUGUAA